AUUGCGUUCAUUAUCACUGCAAACCAGAUUAUUCAAGAGAAGUGUGCGUUUGAAUGUGCAUUGGAUUCAUAUCUAAAUGUAUUAUAAAUGCAUUAAUAGUUAUUUAAAUCAUUUGAGUGAUUAUGAGACCGAUGAAGAGGCGGAUGUGAAGAUUCUCGAGAAAAGCACUCAUUUCCACAUCAUUUGCAUCACAUUUUGGCUCAUUUUGGUCCUAAUUAUGGUUUGGUUGCAGAGAGUGAUCAAUGUCUCGUCAAAUGAAUCCAAAUUGAAAUCAGUAGAAGUCUUACCGAAACUCAUUAAAGUGAUUAAACCGUAGCCAUAAUCCACAGAUUAAUCCCUGAAAUGAAUUCAACGUUUUAUUAUCGACUCUAUUAACACUAUUUAUUAAGACAACUGUCCACUCGUUUACUAUUAUAAUCAUUCAAUGAUUUUAUUGCAAAGACUAUAAAACUUAAUAAAACAGACUUUUAUCCUCAAAAUUAAA